AUGUCUUCUGAAUCUUCUUACAAGGUUUUAACAAAGACAGUUGAUAGUCCUGUCUCCGGAGAGACCGGACAAAUUAAUAUCCUGGGAUUAGUAGUAUUCUCCGUGUUGAUUGGUGUCGUUUUAGGUCGAAUGGGACACAAAGCCAAACCUAUUGUUGAUUUCUGUACCUGUUUGACAGAUGCAUCAAUGAACCUUUUUAUUGUUUUUAUAUGGUAUUCUCCAAUUGGAAUAGCGUUUUUGAUUGCUGGGAAGAUAGUAGCAAUGGAAGAUUUCGGCAUCCUUCUAACACAGGUUGGGUUAUAUUUCCUGACUGUGUUGAUAGGCCUAAUGAUACACGGAGCACUAGUACUUCCUGCUUUAUUUUUUAUAUGCACACGGAGAAAUCCUUACAAAUUCAUUUACGGAAUUCUACAAGCAAUGGCGACUGCAUUUGGAACAUCGAGCAGUUCGGCAACAAUGCCAGUGACCCUCCAUUGCUUGGAACAUAACAAUGGAGUAGACCCUCGUGUUGCUGGUUUUGUCAUUCCCGUCGGCGCAACAAUUAAUAUGGAUGGAACUGCUCUAUAUGAAGCUGUCGCUGCGCUUUUUAUCGCACAAGUCAAUAAUGCAGCCCUCAGCUUUGGACAAAUAGUAACAAUCAGCAUUACCGCAACUGCAGCAUCAAUAGGUGCUGCUGGUGUGCCACAGGCUGGUUUGGUUACCAUGGUAAUUGUCCUUGCAGCAGUUGGAUUACCAACCGAGGAUAUUACAUUGAUACUAGUUGUUGAUUGGUUUUUGGAUCGUUUCCGCACAAUGACAAACGUGACUGGUGACAGCCUAGGUGCUGGAAUUGUUUACUACUUGUCAAAGAACGAACUACCUCCUCUACACACAGAAGAACAGGAAUACGAAAUGCAUGUUGCUUCCAACAAAAGAAAAAGUGUUCCAAAUGGUACCGAUGCGAUGACAGCUGUUUAAGGCAACGAAUUCGUUAAUAUUCCACUAAGUAUUUGUUUUAUGUAAUUAUGAAAUAAGACAUAACAAUAAGUCAUUUUAUCGUUAAUAUUGCUUACAAAACAUUGACAUGCAUGCUAAAAUAAAUGCUUCUUAUCAGUUAU